UCCAUCCAUCCAUCGAUCAGUCCACCCAUCCCUUCUCCCUUCCAUCUGCCCCUCCCCGACCGAGCCAUCCCCCCCCCCGAGACUGCCGGUGGUGGAACUCCAAUCAGCACGGCCGAGUGAAGAGCUGCAGCAGCUGGCUCCAUCCCGAACUUCAGUCGGCCGAUCCCUCAUCCCUGCGCUUCCCCCGUGCCAGCUGGAUCGGCGUUGCUGCGACGCAGCUGGGUCCUCGUUCGCACAUUCGACUGCGGCAAGACAGAUCGCCACCACGUCGCUCUCCGUCAUUGACCGGCUCAGCCACACAGACAUUUCCUGGCGUUUCCGGACGGGCUCGGGCAUCUAAUUCCCCCCUCUCGCUCUCGCUGAGCACCCUCGACCGUCCAUCGGCUCCAGCCCGUUCCCCCAACCCCCCAACCCGACCGACCGGAAUCACACCUCCCCAGACCCUCUGACUUAUCCCUCGGCCAUGAUCGGCGAUAAUGAUAGCGCUGCCUACACGGCGUCUCCGUCGUCAGCGGCCGGAUCCAAGCUAAGGAGCUCGACGGGGCGGCCAAUGACGACGGGAUCAGCCGCUCUGGCAGCCGCAGGACACCUUUUGUCUCCAUCGACCUCCAUUACACCGUCGCUCUCGACUCCCCAACCAUCAACUGCAGGCUCACAGCUGUACCCGCCGACAUCGUUUGAUCUGCCAAGCCCGCCACCCCAGCCGGCAUAUCCGGCGAGUCAUCAUCGCAGCCACAACCACAAUCACGCCCACAGCCAUCACACCCAUCACAGCCGGCAUGGCCAUCACCAUCCCUCGCAAGCCCAUGCACCUUCUUCAUCAGCACCCGCCGGCGUGCCGUCGAACCAAUUCCAAAAGUUCAAGCGGUCCCGAUCUGCCACACAUUCGCUCAUGACCCAUCCCACCACGCCCAUUCCCAACUAUGUUCACAUUCCCAAGCUGACGCAUUCGCUCAUCCAACAUAUUCUUGAAGUCAACGAGCAGUACAUCAACAUUCUCUUCGAGGCCCAAAAUAAUGGAUGGCUGGUCGAUCAAGACAUUAAAAUCUAUCAAAAAAGACUGCAAGCAAACCUACUUUGGCUGGCGAAUGCGGCAAAUGAAUACCGACUCAGGGCGUCAAGUUCAGCAUCAACCGACUCUGCAGCCCGGGGCUCGCAGUCAAAGUCUCAACCCACACCAGGAUCACCGCCGCUCAUGGCCCCGACUGAUGAUUCGCAAUGUCGCCUGUCCGAAGGAGUGCACCCACAGUCCGUCGACGAAAGGAUCGGCAGCAUUCUCGAGCUCAUGGGAGCGCCCGUCCUUGGGCUCGACUCCAAGUCCGAUCCAUCCGACUCGAUUGACUAUGUCCCCGUACCGCCAUUUGUGUUUCCGAGCCAGCACGACGUCCGGCCGAUCCAGCAGCUGCAGCAGCACUACAACCAGUUCGAGUAUUUGGCCCGCCGCGAAGCCAGCAUUCUUGGAUACAUGAAUAUCAAGAGUGCGGCCGAGGCUGGAGGACGAAGCGCUGGGGCCAGUCGUCGCCGAGAUGUAGCUGAGAGGACGGCUGAUCUCUUGGAUGACGACGAGGCCGAUGACGACAAGGACGACGAGCAUGAACCCGGGUAUGGCGCGCCGGUCUCGACGGAAGACACCGAGGGGGAGGGCGAAGAAGAUGAUGACGACGACUAUGUACCCGAUGAAGAGGACGAUGCGGACGAAGACGAGUCUGAGGAAGAGGGCGACGACGACGAGGACGGCAACGGCGAAGGCGCUGGCGAUGCCGAGGCCAUCACUAUCGACGACGAAGACAGUCCGGCGCCAAAUGGCGAUGUCGACGGCGGCGCCGAUGUUGAUGUCGGUAUUGAGAUCGAUUCCGAUGUCGUGGAUUCCUCGGGUAUCCUCGGCGGGAUGGGUAGCAAGAUGGCGACGGCUCCUUCUGUACAGUCGACGCUACAGCUCGGCGUGCCCAGCCCGCAAAUCCUUCAUGCUGCCCUCGGCGGCUCGGCUCACCUGAAGAGCGAUCACAGAGGCAACGCCGAAGCCCACGAAGCGCGUGCGCCUGCGCCGAUCCUGGACGACGACUUUUUCGACUUUACCGAUGCGAUCCAGAUGCCCGAUGCGGACGACGACCCGUCCACGUUCUUGUCCUCCCAGGGCCUCGGCGACAGGCUCGACAUGGCUCCAUAUCUCAACUCGGAGGAUACGCCCCAGCUCUUCGGUGCGCCGCUGGACGGGCUGCUGAGUCUCGGCGGCACGGAUCCGAUGACCGAGGGCGUAUCGGAGCUCUCGAUGAUGACGAGCGAGACCGGCUUGGGCAACAACGACGAAGCCGAAGACGACGAUGAGGAUCCUGCAUCUGGCGCGAUAACGGGCGGGUAUCAGUUCGACGGAUUCUUUUCGACACCAAUGGGCGGCGGCACGGGAGGCGAGGAGCUGUUCUCGGACCUAUUUGGAGACAUGUGGGAUCGCAGCGAGGGCGCAUGAGGCGGCUGCGCGGAUGCUGCGGGGCUGGCUUGCGAUGUUAUCAGUCGAAUAAACAACGAGACAUCGUCUCAUUCAGACAAA